AUGAUACAAUUUGAAGAAAAUGCAACCGGAGUAAAUAGAUUUAAAAAUAGAGGUGGUCAAUUGCUGCAAGAAGAAAAAGAACGCAAUAAACUCUCUAAAGUAAUACCUCAACUGGAAGAACAAAUGUUGAAUCUGUCUGGAGCGUUUUUGGUUAAGAACGGUGUAGUUUUCAAGACUUUUGGUAGCACUGUCGAGGAAUAUAUCCAAAAUUUGCACGAGUCCCGUGAAAACGACCGUAAAACUAAGCUGAGCGCUCGGAAAUUGCAACGUUGUGAAACAACUCUUCGCACUCCAGGUAAAUCUUGUAUGAGCCUAUUUCCACCAUCCACCAGUAAGUGUACUACAGUUACCCCAAAAACGAUUGCGUCCGCUUCCAAAAAGAAGAUAUUUGCCACGCCUACUACGGAGAAUACUGCAAAGAGGCCUAAGGCAACACCUGCGACUGUUGGUUCGAAAACGAACUGGUGCAGUACUGCCUUCGUCAGCAUCUGGCUACUCAAUGGCUUCAGCAUCAGUACCGCAAUCCGACAGUUUGUACAGCGUAAGCAGCGGAGGCUCUUCCAUUUUAUCUUCAACUUCUGGCUCUUCCACUCACGCUUGUUGCUCUGGUCAUUGCAUUGGAGGCGCCUAUCCAAGACAACCCAGAACUGGUGCAAUAAAAAGAUCUCAAAAGCAAGACAUGAAAAUGACUCUUAA